AUGGGGGAAGAUUUGUUCUGGGCUAUUAGAGGAGGCGGAGGAGCUAGUUUUGGUGUCAUUCUUUCCUGGAAGAUCAAAUUGGUUCGUGUUCCCCGAAUUGUUACAGUUUUCAACCUACGGAAGCAGCUGGAUCGACAAGGGACUAAGCUGGUAUACAAAUGGCAGCAAAUUGCUCCUAAUCUACCUCCUGAAUUGUUCAUAAGAAUUCUCAUUCAAAGUGGAAGCAACACCGUUGCGGCCAAUUUCAAUUCCCUGUUUCUGGGAUCAAAAAAGGACCUGAUUCCCCUGAUGAAACAGAGGUUCCCUGAAUUGGGAUUGCGCCCGGAAGAUUGCGCCGAAAUGAGCUGGAUUCAAUCUGCUGAGUUCUUUGCAGGAUUCCCUAACCAGGUGGAAGUUCUACUCAACAGAACUGACCAAUACAAGAGCAAGUACAAAGGGAAGUCCGAUUUCGUCACCGAACCGAUCCCUGAGAGUGCCCUGACGCAGAUAUGGAAAAGGUAUCCAGAAGAAGGACUAGCUUUCAUGAUCAUGGAUCCUUUUGGGGGCAAAAUGGGUGAAAUCCCGGAUUCGGAGACACCCUUUCCUCACAGGAAAGGGAAUUUGUACAACAUUCAGUACUUGGUGAAGUGGUAUGAUGAAGAUGAGGCGAGGCAUUUAAAGUGGAUCGAUGAACUCUUCAAGUUCAUGAGGCCAUAUGUGUCCAAAUCCCCGAGGCGUUCAUAUCUGAAUUACAGAGAUUUAGACUUGGGAAUCAAUCUGGGAAUGAAUCCAAGAUUUUUAGAUAGUGCAAUUUGGGGGAUGAAAUAUUUCAAUGGUAAUUUUAAGAGAUUGGCUAGGGUGAAAGGCCUAGUUGAUCCUAAGAAUUUCUUCAGGAGUGAACAGAGUAUUCCUCCCAUUGUUAAGCAGUAGAAAACAACGUCUAAG